UUUGAGCCUGCAUGACAAGCAUGUCUAAUUGUCAUUUCGCCAUUUCAAUCGAUUCUUCUUUUUUCUUUCCUUUCGAAUUUUGUCGUUUUUUAGUUCUAACGAAGGUUUUUUAUUUCCCGUGGUUUUUAUCGACAGCUGGCAAUCGAUAUUGACCGGCCUCCGUCGAAAGGCAAUACGCUAUUUAUAACCCGAAACCUACUGAAAAGAAAUAAUAGUUUCAGACAAACAAAUUCAAAUUUUUCGUGCGACAAAAGCUGUGGAAAUCGUGAAUAUCAAGUUGAUGCCAGAUUCCCAAAUUUAUCAGUCUAAAUCUUCAAAAUCUACUAACAUGUCUGCGGAUGGUGACAUGUUGCGCCCAGUCUCCGCUCGUUCGCGCAGCACUCGCUCCCAUUCCCUUAAACCACAAAGUCAACCCAUGGUCCUAUUCAAGCAACGUUCCAAACGCACCAUGAGCCUGCCAUCCAAGCCUGUAUUAUUACCAUUGAUCAAUAUUCAACGCUGCCAUGACAACUGGGAUAACCAGAGUGAUGAAGAUGAAAAUGAGGUGGAUACAAAUGGGGGAGAAAUGGCAUGGUACACGCCACUUGUGGGAUUAUCUUGCAGUCUCGUGAUUUAUGUCUGGUCUUGUGUUCUGGCCUACUAUUCCAAGAAAUAACAGCUACUCAAAGAUCAACCUUUGUCCCAGACUUCUGUUUAAUGACUAUGUCAAAGAAUCUUGAAUGUCAUCUAGAAAAGCCAGCGGAAAACAGACAACACGUUACGAAUGAAUUAACAUUGACUAUGAACAAAAAGGACCGAUGUGACUAAGUUAAUAAAUGACUACUACAGAGGAUGCGCACAGGCCUUACUAACAAGUUAAUCAAUCUCUCGGGGGGGGAGGGGGAACUUGAUCCCAGCGGGAUCAAGGAUCUCAGGGGGGUCUCAAGGGGGUCUGGAAAUAGCCAAUUCUCUGAGGUAGGAUUUGCUGACGUGGACAUCCCGCUUGGGAUGUCCACGAGCGCAUCUUCACCAACCCCCUCCCGAAAACCUGCACGCAGAGUACGUGGCAACAGUCAAACAUUAAAUAUUACUUGUGGAAGAACUGGUACAUUGGGUAUCAUGUCUAACUAACAAUAACUUGAGAGAGAUUAUCUUUGUAAUAAGGCCUAAACAGUAAUAUACCAUUUUCGCAUUCUCGGUACUGGACUGGAACUGGUUUAUGUGCAGAGAACUGAGGUUAUUGCGCGCAGUUUUUUCAAAUGCAAAUUAUAUUCAUCUCCUUUAAUGAUAUUUCCCCGCAUGAGCCGCAAAUGCAAGCUAGUUCCGUCCAACUACGAGAAUACGAAAAUGGUCUGUUAAUUCUGAUACCUUCCAUCGUGUUUUAAUGUGUUAAAUUAAAUUAUUAUUUCAUUCUGUAUUGCGCAACUCUUUUUUAAAUGUAAAUGGUGUCACUGGGAAAUGUAUGAUGUCGUCAAAAGAAGGUGCCUCUGUCUGUCAAAACGAGUAUUCGUGCGAAACCAUUCAUAUGGAAAUUUGUUAUUUUUCAUGCAAAUCAAACUCAUUUUCAUAUGAAAGGUUUUACACGAGGACUCGUUUUGACAGCUAAUUUAUGAAUGCCUCCGCGGAGAACGUUGCCUAAAGAUUGUGAACUGUUAUGAGAAAACUAGAUGAUUACACAUGAUAAACUUA